GCGCAGUGAGCGGAUAAGGUUGCAGCCAUUUUGUAGCAAAAGACGCAGACGGUUGUAGCUCUUGCGGUCUGCAGUCCAAAUCAUUUUUUACGAUUGUCUUUGCUCUCUGUGCUUUAAUCGUCUAAUUCCUUGUUUGACGUCCAGUUCGCCAGGUCACAACCGCAACACCAGCUAUCAUCGGGAAGAAAGGAGCGAAGAAUUUUUUUUGAAACGUCUACUACAGCGACACUGUUGCUUCCCUAGGGUGUAAAAAUGAUGGCGAGCAACGUCACUAACAAAACAGACCCUCGCUCGCUUAACUCGCGUGUGUUUAUUGGGAACCUUAACACCCUAGUGGUGAAGAAAGCAGAUGUGGAAGCCAUCUUCUCCAAAUAUGGCAAGAUUGUGGGCUGCUCCGUGCACAAGGGUUUUGCUUUUGUUCAGUAUGCUAAUGAACGCACUGCCCGUACUGCAGUGGCAGGGGAAGAUGGGCGCAUGAUUGCCGGCCAGGUCCUGGAUAUCAAUCUUGCUGCUGAACCCAAAGCAAACCGAGGGAAAGGAGGAGGUGUCAAACGUUCUGCUGCUGACAUGUAUGGGUCAUCUUUUGAUCUGGAUUAUGACUUUCAACGAGACUAUUAUGACAGCUAUUCAGCAACUCGUGUGCCGCCGCCUCCUCCUAUUGCCCGAGCUGUAGUGCCAUCAAAGCGCCAGAGAGUGUCGGGAAAUACAUCAAGGCGUGGCAAAAGUGGCUUCAAUUCAAAGAGUGGCCAGAGAGGUGGAUCUUCAAAGUCUAGUAGACUGAAGGGAGAUGAUCUUCAGACUAUAAAAAAGGAGCUAAGUCAAAUAAAACAAAGAGUAGACUCUCUUCUUGAAAGUCUAGAGCGAAUUGAGCGUGAGCAGUCUAAACAAGAGACAAAAUUAGAUGAGGAACAGAGCAGUAGUUCUCAAAAGAAAGAGGAAACCAGUGUGAAAAUGAUGGCAGAGGAAGGGGCUGACUCAGCAGAGGAAGGAGACCUUCUUGAUGAUGACGAACAAGGAGAAGACACGCUUGAAGAAAUUAAAGAUGGUGACAAAGAGACAGAAGAGGGAGAAGAUGAAGGUGACAGCGCUAAUGAAGAAGAUUCUUAAAUUUUCUUUCUCUGCUAUUGUCUCUUGUCGGUUCAUAUUUCCACCCCUUCAGCCUCCUCUGUUGCACCACAUGCUCUUGAAGCUUGUUUAAUAUGCACCCAUUGCUCCCCUCUGCCUCCUUUUCAUUUUGAUACCUCUUUGCGACUUCUAGAAUAAAAGUGUAUUGUUUUUAA